CACCGGAAGUUAGACUUACCGUGGUAGAAACUUCCGGAAUUAACCUUUACAUUUCUACGAAGGUCGAUUAGCUGUGUAGCCAUAUACUAAGCUUUCGUUACAGGGGUAUUUUCUCGUCAUAUUUAACUUACUUUAACAGUUGAAAAUGCCAAGAGGAAGCAGAAGCCGCACGUCAAGGAUGGCCCCACCAGCAAGGGCUGCGCCAACACGACCCCCAAUGGCCAGGGCUGCGGCUCCACCAUCGUAUGCCCCAGCGCCUGCCCAUGCCCCACCUUCCGCCAUGGCUGCCCCAGCCGCUGGUGCUGCCCGCCAGCCUGGCAUGUUUGCUCAGAUGGCCACUACAGCUGCUGGGGUAGCCGUUGGGUCGGCCGCAGGGCACAUGAUUGGACAUGCAAUGACAGGAGGAAUGGGUGGAGGCGGAGGAAGCCAGGAGGCUGCCAGGCCUGACGUCACCUACCAGGAGCAGCCCCCGCAGUAUCAACAGCAACCUCCCAUGUACCCACCAUCCCAGUAUCAGCAGCAGCCCCAGUCCAUGUUCCAACAGGAGCCUGGCCCCCAGCAGGGAUCCUGCUCUUAUGAGCUCAAGCAGUUCAUCGAGUGUGCACAGACCCAGAGUGACCUGAAACUGUGUGAGGGAUUCAGCGAGGUCCUCAAGCAGUGCAAGUUCUCCAAUGGGAUGUCCUGAGAGGCAGACAAACCCAUCAAGACUGCAGACAAACUCAACAGAUGCAUAGUGCUGAUAAAGAGUCAUUAUACCUGGCUUUGUGGUUUUUUUUGUCAGUUUAUCACAGUCAUCAUCUUAUGGACAAUAAAAUGAUUUCUCAGGUUGAUUCUGUAAAGCUUAUAAUAAUAGUUUAAUGUAAUGUUGAUUAAUGUGUGUUGUAUGAUUUAUUUGAAGGUAACGCACAUUUUUAAUUGGCUUUAUGACAGGGGAUGAGAUUACAAGGCAACUUGACUUGUUUUACAAGUGAGAACCAUUCCUCCUCAAGCAUUGAGCAGAAUCUGUUGGGUAGCCAGGCUAACUCCCUGAUGCAACACCCUCCCUUUUUCAUCUUAUCUAGAUUGGAGUUGUACAAUAACAAUUUGCUUGUAACAAGCAUUGGAUCAAAUAAAGCACUUCUAAAUCAUA